AUGGAAACAUUUGGGCUUUUACCAAGUCCACCAAUAUCAGAAUCUAGGCCGGCGAGUGCAGGACCUGAGUCUUCAUACUUUGACUCCAGGUCAUCAUCUGAAACAGACGAUUCAAAAGAGGAGACAGAAACGGAAACAGAGACAGACACGGAAAACGCAACUGGGACCGACGCGGAGAAUGAACGACAAGGGGAGACAGUCUCGAUUGCGAUCUCUGACGAGGGGAGGAUCAGCUACCAAGCCUAUCGACCUCCUGAUUGGAAAGACCAGCCGCGAACAGACGUUAUGAACGUUCACGAAGCACACUCGGAGUUCGUGCGGCAGUGCGAGGCAAACAACGAGGAAGGAUCAAAAGCACCAGACAAUUCGGUAAUAUCUAUUACCUCUCCGAAGUCAGUCUACAGUGAGAAGAAUUUCCCGCCGGGGAGCUCACCGCGACCGCAACGCCCCAGAACUGCGACUGUUUCAAGUGAAGCUAGCUGGGUACCGAGUAAUUUCUCUUACUGUGAACGCUGGUUGCAAAACGUGCCAGUUGACAGAAUAGACGACAAAGAUACACCUCCACGGGUCGUCAACAGGCGAAAGGUCCAAAUCGUGGAGAAUGAUCCGCCGAUGCCAAAGCUGGAUAUCAUACCAGGUGCCAAAGCUUUAGAGGAGCCUGUGCGCUUUGUUGUGGCUAGUAAAACCAAACCGAAGCUUGUUGACAUUGCUCGACAAUCUUCACCUUCCAUACCGUUACCUCCGCCACCCUCUCUACAGCCACAGAUCGUACCUACUACGCCAGAUCAACGUCAGGAAGAGGUUUCUGCCUUUAGCCCAGACACUCCACUUGACAUGUCUGAUAGUGGCUAUGGAACCCGUGAUUCCGGCUAUUCAAUAGAAAGUUACGACGACCCUAAAGAUGACGACGACGCAUACACCGAUCCAGGGUCACUGACCUCGGACAGCGUUACGUCCACCGUUGUCUGUGAAAGACCCGAAUCUUCGCACGGGGAGCAAGAAACCUUCCCCCAUCCCGCAAUUAGAUCUGGCAGUGUAAGUCCGACAGCAUCCUCUCAAGACUUAUCUGAUUCCCCGGUGGGAUCAUCCAACAUGUCCGACAAAGAGGAGGAGAAGCAGCGAUUGUGGCACCAUGAGUGGACCUUGGAUGAUCACGAAUGGACUCUUGAUGAGCUUGAUCAUUCCGUGAAAGACUUCCCCCGACACAUGCUUCGCCUCACCUCACCUGUCAUUGUCUUCCUCCGCAAAAAUGACGAGAAGGCCCUUCUCAGGCCAUUCCGUACUAUCUUUCCCGAUGUCACCGAAAACCUACUCGACUGUCUCUGCGCUGCUCUUCUAGCACGCAACUACCUUCUUUCGUUAUCAACAAUCAACCGCCGCAAACGUCCUGUUUCAAACAGGAACGACUCUUACGCUGUUGAUGCUGUACCAACAAAAGCCUACAGCACAUUAGGCAUACAGAUCCCCUCUGGAUCUCCUGCCAAAAUGACCAGCCGUCUCCUUGGAUCUCGCAGUGCUGACCUUCGCCGUGAGCUCGAACGAAUCAUUGACAAUCUCCUUUUUGCCAUUUGUGGACGGUCCGACCCUACCCUCAAAUCGGCCGUCGAAGUUCUUGCACAGGUCCUUGAAACCAAUGCCUAG